UUUCCAUCAUAAAGUACACAUGCCGUAGGCUGUAAACCGACGUUAUCAUCGACGUUAGCCAUUUAAAAUCCGUAUUUGCCGUCGUUUGGAUUGCUUCGUGUGUGAGUAAAUGCACGCGGCUUAAAUAUAUAAAGUAUGCUCGAUAAGAAAGUUUUUCACAGUUUUUUAAAAGUAAUUGCUAAUAGAAAAUUGCAGAUUCGAGGAGGAGCCCUAUCUUUGAAUACGUUUGAGUAAAAUUUGACUAAGCUUGGGACAAAAAAACGUAAUCACUAUAUUAUUUUAAGCAAUCACAACGGAUUUCUUGUUUUCGCGGGAAUUGGCGUUCAUAACCUUGUCAUCGUUGUAUACCGAAAUAAUUAAUCUUUUCUAGUUACUUAGAUGUGUAAUUGACCAAAAUUCACGCCAUAAAUGUAUUUAUUGUCACAAGACUCGUAUUUUAUAAAUUGUUAUUGAAAAAAUGAAGGAACUGGAAGAAACUAAUUGCGAGAUAAGUAAUAUUAUAAAUUUUGAGCUUCCAUUAUGGGAUCCAUCAAACAAUUUAAUAUCCCAAAACGAACUUGCGACCAUCGAUGGAUCGAAAGAAUCAAAUUUGGAGACUUCUGGUGGCUUUUUAAAUACCGAUUGCAAGUAUGCUUGGAUAAGCCACAAGACACAUUUAGUAGUAAUUGAUGUAAGAUAUGGCAAGUUCAUCACCUCUUGGAAUUUUCCCAAUAAAAUUACUUCUGUUUCUCCAUUCCCAACGGAACCAGGACAAGUACCACUGCUUUUGAUCGGACUUGAUAAUAAUGCAAUAAGAAUAAAAGAUUCGAUUGGAUACUUGAUUAUAUUUGACUGCUGUACUUCUACUAUUUUAACAACUAUUGAAGUACCUGCUGGUGUUGAAAAAGCAUGUAUUAUUCAUGGUGGUGCAGAAUGGGAAGAGUUUAAUGAAAAAAGGCCAAACACAGUACUUUCUGAUAAUACGGGAUUGAUUUUUGCCGCUCUUCGAAAUUUACAACAUGUUGUGAUUGAUAUUAAUAGAUCAUUAUGGAAAAAUUUUCUUCAUGAAGGAAAUUCGAUCACAGCAAAAUUAGAAUUUAUAAAUAAUUCGUCUGCGUGUCCUACUUCAAUAAAUAAAACAAAAAAAGAGCCAACACAUUUAGCCUAUGAUCUAAUGAGUAAAGAAAUUGAACAGUAUAUAGGAUUUGAUCGAAAUGAUUUUGAAGCAACUCCACUUUAUGAUGAAAAUCUCUGUUCAGUUUUACUUAGUUCUGUAAAAAUCGGAUGUUUAAUAACAGGUUGCUUGGGUCGAGCAAUAAUUUGGCAAAAUGACGGUUCAAUAGGUUGGAUAAGUCCAUCCUUUGACGAGAACGCUUAUGUAACUCACAUUGCCUUGCUGGAACCAUCCGACGAUCCUCGGCCUUUUUAUUAUCUUUGGAUUGCUUGCCAGAGUGACUCGCCCGAAUCAUCGGCAGUGCUGCGUAUGUAUGCAAUGCUAUUUAACAAGAAGCGCUGCGACAAAACAGGCGAAUCAAGCCUUUACUUCCAUUUGGAGUCCGAGCCCAGCUUAAAGUUUGAGCUUGAGCUUGAACAAGGCGAACGCGUGCACAGCCUCUUAUCGGUCGAACGAGAAAACUUGCGCGACCCUUCGGAUACUGGCUCCCGGCGGGGCGAAGACAGUUUACUGUUAAUUGGUAGUGACGAUAGACUGUUGAUGUUCGAUUUGAAUCGUUGGUACAAGGAGCAGAUGCCUCGCACGAUGGCCGAGUGUCGUAACCCCAAUAGUGUUAUGGCAAGUUACAGGACUAAAUCGGAAGAUUUUGUAAAGAGGGGUGUUAUCGCCUGCAGCUACGUACCAAGAUCGCUGAGAGAAUUUCCGACGAAGGGACCCAGCUCCCCGGAGGAGCUCUUCUAUCCGAAUUCGCUUACGCUUGAGUGGAUCGAACUAAUGGCAGACAAUCUCACCUUUUGGCUCGCGAGGGGCGUACAAUCGGAACUUCUCAGGGAAAUCACGAUCGCUGGACCGAUCGUCAUUGUCAAACCCACGGAGACCUAUCGUAGAUGUCUCACUGCUGGGCUGGUGCCAUUUGACUCAUCAUCUCCAGAUUAUAAUUUUGAUACAGAUAAGUCUCAGCAGCGUGAGAUGCUGCUGUCGAUUUGUUUGGAACAGCGAUGGGCAAAUUUUCUAAUUCGAUGUGCUUCAGAAUGGUCUGACGGCAGUGCCGCCUAUCUGUAUCCUGAAUUCCUUCGGUGGGGUGUGCAGCGCGCUUCUGAACUUAAACUGAUUGCCGAUCGUCUAUGUGUACCAUUGUUUGAUCAAUCAGGCACUAACAUUGGGGAAAGCGAGGUCAAGACAUUGAGGUUCUGUUGUCAACAGCUCGAGUGUCUUACUACUGUUGUAUCUAGAUUGCCCAAUUUAGAAUCAGAUUUAGAGAAACAAAGAAGAGCUCUGAAGAGAAUAGCGACGUAUCUUCAGGUUCUCCUAUGGUUUUAUGAUGUAGGGCUGCUACCCGAAACUCAAGAGGUGGAGGAGGAAGAUGAUAUACCACAGAUUACAAUGUCAAUGAAAAUUCCAUAUCCAAAGGACAAAUUAAUGGAAAUAUAUCACAAAAAAAGAGGAAGCGACAAAAAUAAGGAAGAGAACGUUGAACAGACCUUGUUCAUUCAUCAAUUGAUAUUUCACGAUUGCUUACCCAUAAGAGCACAGUGGGAAAAAGAAGCGGGAAGUGAAUAUCCAAAUUAUGGAGGAUACUAUCCACCUCCGUCAUUGCAAUCCCUUCUACGUAGUUACUUAACAGACUGUCAUCGCGAAGAAUAUGAUAAUACAGAUGAUAAUGAUGAUGAAUGUGAUAUGGCUGAAAUGGACAGUAAACAUAGUAUUACUAUUUAUCUUCUCAUGGAUCUUGCUAUGCUUUUGCAAGGCUGUUACCCAAGUGUCGAUCGCCUUAUAAAAUAUCCUUCUGCUUUUAAAUUGAGCCCAAGUUUAAUUAAACUUACCCAAGCCUUCUGGCUACUAGAUCACGAAGAUUAUGAAGGCUUUUUUAAAAUUAUGACGGGUCAGCUUAUAUCGAUUAGUGAUAUUAAGGAUUGGCAUCAUAAAAUUGCUAUUAAUACGCUUUUAAAAAAUAAUGAACAUAAAUUGGCAUUAAUGUACUUGCGGGUAUUAAAACCGCCGCUUUCCUCUUUGGAGGAUCAGGGUACUGUGAUAGCCUUAGAAGUAGAACGGGAUCUCGUUGAGUCGGCUUUUCAUUCGAGGCCGCCCUCGCAUUAUACCCAAUUGCUUACGAAGUUUUUCUCGUCAUGCAAGGCUUAUGGGAAAUUGAAAGAGAUAUUGUAUUUGUCCCUGGAUAACGAAGAAGAAGAAGCUUUUGUGAGGUUUCUCAAAGAAGGCGGUUGCGAAGAUACGAGAUUGCUUUACUUCUUGCAGCGAUGUCGACAUACCGAAGCUAGUGAUAUAUUUGCCUUCGAUACUGCCCUUAAUUCACAACGUUUGGGAGUGCAAAGUAAAACAGUUCAUCCAACUGCCUUGAAAAUUCUGAGCACAUUCAAUGCCACACUGCCAGAAAUCACAAAACGUUUCGCAAGCAGCCUCUUAAAAAAUAAUGGAGACUACUUACAUGAACAACAUGAGCUAGCCGCGUUCGCCGGUCCGAACUCUAACGUUAACGGUGGCUAUCCUCGACCAAUGUCUCACUGCCGUAAUCCGAUAAGCGAGGUUUACGAUAUCGCUAUACAUAAGACUCGCGAAACGUGCUUCAAGGCUGAACGGGGCAUCGGUACCACGAACCACAUACCCUUCCUCGGAGCGCCUUGCUCUACCAUUGUAUUCUGUACGAGGGCGACAAGUGCCAACAGUACCGUCGAUCAGAGUGACGCGAAUUGCGUUACUUUUGCCGAGAGAAAAGUAACAAAAGGUAAAAGAACGCUGGGGAUGAUGAACGAGAGCGAGGAUAACGUUGAGUACAAAAUAGAGAGCAAACGACGGAGACUUGGCAGCGAAGCCGAAAUGAGUUCUUCGAACGGCGAGAGUGAUGAACCACCACCGCGUAGAUUAAGUAUGAGCCAAGUGUGCGACACCCCGUUGGUACAGCGCAAAGUGCGGCCGACUGGAAACAGAGAUCCGAAUAAUUUAACAGCGGAAACACCACAUUCAAUUUUAAAGAUUCGACAAAUGCUGAGGCGUAAUUCAAAUUCACCUAGUUUUAAUUAUAGGACUGGUUCGCCAAGUGAAAGAGAAGUUAUUUUAGAUAAUAUGUUAGGUGACGGAAGACCAGCCCGUCAAAUUCGCUUCAGUAUGGACAGAUUCAGUGGCAACGAUGACUCGAUCUUUUCCGUAAACGACGGCAACCAAGAGCAAAGUGAACAGGAGAACAGCAAGAAUGCUGAAGCAGAGUGUUUGGAAGAAAAUUACUACAGCCCAAGCAUGAGUAUGAAGUCUAUAAGAGACAUUUCAAUGUUGACUGAUAGUAGCUUUACAAAAUAUAUCCGUGGCCUUCGACCUAGGCCAAGUUUACGAAGAAGCAGUCUUUUCUCGCGUGCGUCCACUGACAGUCAAUCACAAAAAACUAGUUUUUCCGAUACGAUUGAUGUAUCUGCAUUGGACACUUCGUUUGAAAGAAGUCGAAAAAUGUCUAAAGUCAGUCCAAAAUCUGCUUUAUCGUCCAAUUUAUAUUCCGCCUCGGUACUUUCUUCUAAUACCAGCAUUGAAGUAUCACCUUUGAAAAGACCUCUGACCAUUAAUAACAAUCAAGAUAAUAAUGAUGAUGAUGUAACCGAGGAAUCUGAAGAACACUCGGAGAACGAGACCGUAGCUAAUGUUAGUGAUAAAAGCAUCGAUAAAGAAUCAUUGGUUGAUCCUUUAUGUACAGGCGCCCAAGAAGAGAAUGAUGAAUUGAUCACCGAUGAAGUGGAAACUCUGGUAAAAAAUCUUUUGACUACGAUUAUAUUGAAUAUCUUUGUUUAUAAUCCUAAUGAGUUUCAUAUAAAAAAUUUUUUCGACGAAGUAGAAGUUGAUCGAGAAAGAUCCACUUCUGUAAAUUGCAAUUUACUUCGGCAAGACGAAGUGAGCGAAGAUGAUGGCAACGAAGAGAUAGAGAUAGAACCCGAGCCCGAAGAGUCAUUAGAAACUGAUAAAGAUUUAGAUAGAGAUUGCGAUCAAGAUGACGAUACAUUCCAGAGUCUUUCCAACUCCCUAGACUACACCAUCAACGUACCUUCAGAUUUAACUUCCAAUUGCUUAGAUCAGCCUGAUGAUAAUUGCGAAUCAAGUUAUAAUCAAUUACGUCAAGAUUACGAUAAUCAAGAUUAUAGCCAUACACAGAAGUUCGCCCUCCCGAACAGGAGUCAGCAAUUUAGUAAUACUGCUUACGACGAUUAUCAUCACAAUACCCUCACCAGACCUAUAUUUAUCGAUAGUCAGGGUAUCGUUAAAUACGACUCGGCUUGCGAUAUCACUGAUGAUGAAUCUAUAGAUGAUGAGUUCGCGGCAGUAACUUCACCUGCCAUAAAAGAAAGGACGUGUGAAUUGACGCUUAAUCUUUCGUCCGCGGAAAGAUCUAAAGAUAACAAGAUGCACUCACUGAGAUCUCGAAAAUCAAAUGGAUCCUCAAUUACGGAAGAUGAUGACGAGGGAAAUGGUUCGGAAAAGGCAACGUCUUUCGUAUCCGUGUCAUCGGAUUCGCUGCAAUGUUCCGAUGUUAGUAACGUAGCUUUAAAAACACUGGAUAUAACCAAUACAUAUUCUUUGAAUCUUCAGUCACGGUUAACGGCGAGAAGUGACGAUCUUGCUAACGACGGAACUCCAUUGAAAGAAGAUACAAAGAAACAAGGAUCCUUAAAUUAUAAGAUACCGAGUGCUAGACGUUCUAUUAAAUCAAUCAUUCUACCUAUAAAAACUAAUGAAAGCGUUGAGUCGACGACGACAGUUGAUCGUGGAAAACGAAGUACGUCGGUUACAAAAGAAGUGAAGAACAUUCUAUCAAAGGUUAUACAAGAUCCGAUAGUUAAUAUAUCAUCCACUGAAAAAACUUUGCUCACCGAAGAAAUUAAGGAUUCUGAAGAACAACAAAAGAGCCCAAGUUCAAUAUCAUCCGAUAGUAUAACUACAAAAGAAUCGAUAAUCCCAACAGAAUUAUCUCAAAAUAGUUUGAUUUCUCAAAAGGAAAAAGAGCAUUUUAUAAAUAUAAAGAGCUCAAAUAAAUCAAGCUCAAAACGAUCGACGCGUGGCUCUCAAAAGGAUGAACUAUCGAAUCAGCGUGUAACAAGAACGAGCUCUAUUACUAAGGAAUUGGAAAAGCCAUCGAGAAAAACAAGAGCUACAUCCAUUGCCAAGGAGAUUAUAUCUAUUCAGACAAAAGUUAAAAACGAUGAUACGAUCGAAGAGCCCGUAGAAAAAAAAACAAGCAAGUCAAAGACAACGAGAGCCUCUACAAUAUCUAAAGAAGCAACAACAACAACAACAGUACCCACAAACGAAAAUAUAGAAACAAUCGUAGUGCCAGACGACGAAUUGCAAGAGGAAUAUAAAGAAAAAACUCGACGAGCUAAUACUUCGAGAACUUCCUCGUUAGGUAAAGAUACAAAAGCAAAAGCGUCAGUCGUUACGAGACAAAUGAGAUCGGGCUCCGUUGAGCAGGACAAAGACGAAACGACGGUACUUGGGGCAAAGAGAACGCGAGCCUCGUCAAUGAUAAAAAGUGCUAGGGAUAUUGACGAGAAGGUUGCACCUGUAAGAAGAACAACGAGGGCUUCCUCUUUAGCUAAAGAAAUAAGUGCUGCCGAGCAGAAUGAAACUUUGGCAAAAACAACUAGGAAGCGUUGCGGUUCACUUCCGAAAGAUAUUACACUUGGAUCAGAUUCCGUGAAAAUGCGGUCCCGUAACAGACGUUCCACUAGCCUACUAAAGGAGGUAAUUCUCGAGGAAAGUAUUUCACAGCUGGACUCAUCGAUAGGUGGAAAGCGUCUGAGAGUGCCACGAUCCAUGGAUGACGGAUCUACAUCGAGUCCAGCAGCAAAUACGCGUAGCAGACGGUCGUCAGUUCAAUCGGUGCCAGAUGAUCUCGAAGAGAUUUUGGCCACGCGUUCAGGGGAAAUGGAGGUGGACGAGGGCAGAGCCCGUAGGGCCGGUAGUGUUGACUCGAGUCUGGUUGUACCGACGGGUAAGCGGAUGACACGUAGUGUCCUUGCCAAAGCCACCGUUAUCCCAGAUAUCAUACUGGAGGAGGCCGUAGCGACCAAGUCGGUUGCAAAAAGGCAGCCAGCGCGAAGAAGACGCGCCACCUCGGAUGUACCCGAAUCCGGGAUUACGGAAGAAAAAACAAAGGCCAGUGGGAAGUCGAAGAGGGGAAGAAAGACUAGCGAGAGUAAGGACUAUUUGUUCUCAUUGCCCGAGGAGACUGGACAUUUGCCACAGAAUAUCGAAGAUGAAUGUCAAAUGCCAACUUAUACAUUUUCGGAACCAGCUGCGCUCCAGAAAUUUAUUUCGCCAGUAGACGACGAGGAGUCUUCCGACGUGACGACGAAUUUAUUGAAAAGUAAUACAACAGACAGUGAUCAUGUAAGCUUAGCAAGAAUUCAAAGGCGUCCGCGAACCUGCUUUGUACUGCCCAAAAACACAAAAGACAAAGCAAAAUGAAUUAAUUUAUAAUUUAAAUGAUAAUUUCUUCUAUUUGAAACGCUG